ACACACACACACACACGGAGCUCAGUUUUUCCUUCGCAGUUUGUGUGUAUGUGUGUGUGCGCGCGAGCUCGCAAUAUUCAUCUGCCGAGGGUACAGAGGGAGGGACGGACAGAAACCUCGGCUGGCGACAGAAACCAAUCAGAGCGACACAUUAGCGAAGACAUCGAUCGGGAUUUAUUUAUCUGACGGAAACCGCCAUCCGUCUGUCAAACAAUAACCUUCAGAAACCCCAGAGAAACAUUACGCGCCCGCGACGACAUGGCUGAUUUUAGUAUUGAUCAGAACAACCUGCCUGGCGUAAAAGAGGUCUGCCGGGACUUCGCCGUGUUAGAAGACCACUGUCUGGCCCACAACCUUCAGGAACAGGAAAUCGAGAGCCACCUGGCCUCCAACGUCCACAAGAGCCGCCUGGUGCAGCAGGACCUGCAGGUGGCCAAACGUCUGCAGGAGGAAGAGGACAAGCGGGCCAAAGCCGAGAGCCAGAGACAGCACCGCCACCUGGAACGCAUCGACAAUGAAAUGGCUCAGGAGAUUCAAGAACAACUGGUCUGGCAGGCUGAACAGCAGCGGCAGCAGGAGGAGAAAGACGAGGCCAUCGCCCGGAAGCUGCAGGAGCGAGAGAUGAAAGAGGAGAGGAAACGGCAGAAGCAGAUGGAAGGAAACCCAGAGGAGUACUACGAAGAGAAAGCCUCCCGAUUUCCACCGGACCGGCGAGAGCCAAAACCCCGUUCCGCUUCUCCAGGUUACAGAAAAGAGAAGAAUCACGACUAUGAUCGGAUUCUUUCCCCGUACAACUCUCCUGAACCCGACAGAAAAAGAUAUCCCAAUAGCCGUAGCCGAUAUCCGGAAUGUGAGCCCGUUGAGUUCAGCCGAUCUAGGAAUCCGGAGAGUCCGAGCAAGUACUGCUCACCUGAGCGACGAAUCAAAGAAAGAAACAAACCUCUCGAUCUCGAUCACACUGAACCACGUAGAAAAAAGAAGCAAGAUCAAUGGGACGACCCGGAGCUAGUGGUCCGCCGGAAAGAGAGGCCUCAGAGGGAUUACUCUGCCGGGCAGGACAAGGAGAGGAUCAGGGAUCGAGAACGAGAAUGGGAUGGACGGAGAGCCAAGGAAAGGUCGAGAGAUCGCAACCGGACAAGAAGCCAAGAUCGAUUGUUUAGCGGCAUUGACAGAGGCAGGGACGUGGACCGGGAGAUGGACCAAAAUGGCUACGGACAUGGUAGCAGAGAGAGGCAAAGAGAACGAGGUAGAGAUGGGAACAGAAGGAGGCACAGAAGCAGGGAGCGUGACCUGGACGAUUACGGUCUCGUCCCGACUAGAGGAAGCUCUGAAGUAAGCCUGGAGUGGGAGGAUCACAAGAACAGGCCGAGACUCCCGUCAGGUCCUAAUGAGGUGUUUGAGGAGCCCGUCCCCAGAGGUCCCUCAAACGAGGGCCGGUCCCCUGGUCAUUCUCCCAGAGAGAGAGGUCGGAAGCCGCGAGGAGAAUAUGGCAUGAAGGAAGCAACACACGGACUGGCCCAGUUAGACCUACAAGACCAGGAGCUCAUAGACUUAGAGGUGGCCCGCAAGCUACAGGAUGAAGAAAUCAAGGCGAGUCAGUUCGACAGACGAGCCGCUCAGGUCGCACAAGACGAGGAAAUGGCACGACGGCUAAUGGAGGAAGAAAAAAGGGAGUAUAAGAGGUCGAAAGAUAAGGACAAACAAGUAAUGGAGAGACGACGGCCUGAGGUGGAGUAUAAGCCAGUGCAAGAAGAAGUGGUACGACCACGAACGAGAGAAGAGCCGCCGCGCAUCAGAGAGGACGAGUACCAGAGAGCGCGCAACCACAAACCCGCCAGGCCGCCUCCUCCUACACAGCACUACGAGAACAUAAACCCGAGCUACGCCUAUGCGGACCCCUACUCCCCUCGUCCUCCAUCAAGACCAGAGGCGGCGUACAAAGGUGCCUACUACAGACAGUGACCACAAGCCUCCACUGCUGUCCAAUCAUGAGUCCGUUCGGCCCUUUAUUUUGCGAAUCAGUAAAGGAUGAAAUGAUUCAUAAAUACUUUGAGGCUUUCUGCAGAAGCUACUGACACUUUAUUUUAUUCUUUCCCUAUCGGGCUCAUCUCUUCGGAUGAGCCGACGUCGUCUCUUCGUGUCGUGAAAGAGUCUUUUACCCUGGAGCUACGGACUACUGGGUGACGGGGACCGUUCCUGUUUGCUUCUCAUGUUCUCGUCUUAUCGUGGAUGACCGGACAGGAAGGGAUCUACUGCACAGCUCUCUCGAAUAUCCCUUUUCUUUCGGCGUCUGUAACAAAGCUUCGUCUCGAUUCCAUGUUGAGUUCAGGAUUUACGGCGGUUUUCCACUUUUCCGUGCGUUUUUAUUUAACGGAAAACGUGCUUGGAUUUCUAUAAAGCGCACUUUUGUGCUAUAUAUUUAUUGAUUUUAUUUUGAGAGGAUGUAUUUUAUUUUGAAUCGCUGAUUGUUUUUACCCUCCCCCCCCCUGAAGAUCUGAAGAGACUGUUAGCAUAAACCAGGAGCGAUCCGAUUUCUGGAGAUGCAAAAUUUCACAUAUCUCAACGACUUAAGAAGCGGGUUUCGAGGUGAGGUUGUCGGCGCUUCUUCAUUUUGCCUUCAUAUCAUUCACGAGAGACUCUUUACCGGCAUUGCGGGCUCGUGUACAGCUAGGGUUCGAGACGCUCAGCCUUCGGGUGUCUUUGUAUCUGCGACAUUUCCCCCUUCCCCCGCAGUGUCGGUAGCGAUUCCCUCAUCUUCGUCGUAGGUGCUUCAGGACCUACUGAUAUGCUCCAGUGUUCAAGUGCAUGCUGGCUGAAUGUGAACUUUAUGGGGUCCAUAUGAAUCUUGUCCAAAAAGUGGCCACAAACGCAUCUUUUUCGUUUAUUUUUAUAUAUUUUUACGUUUUUAUUUAUAAUUCAGUACAAAUCCAAAAUACUAGUUUUAAAGCAUGUAGUAGCAUUGCUGUUGGCACAGAUGUAAACGGUUUUCUCGCUUGCUGCAUCAUAUGCAAUCCAUGCUAGUAUAUCAGUGUUCGGAUUUGCCGUGCUUUGCAUUCGGUGGCGAACUUACUUUAAGCAGGGACAUAAAAACCGACCAGCAAACGGAUCAAGGCAGCAAACAAGUGACUAUAGCGUUCAUCUGGCACUUUCUAUGAGUGGAGUACAAAAUAAGGCCUGAAACUCUUAUUAAGGUUAUGUGUUUUAUUUUGUAUUUUUAUUUUUUCAGCAAAAAAAUCUGUUUUUUUUUUUAAUUUAAAACCUUUAGAACUUGUCUAAAUCAAAAUUAUUCGAUCCUAAUUUGUCUUAUUGUUAUUAUUUUUUUUUUUUUUUAGCAAUUGUUUACUUCUUACAGAGAGCCUAAGAUAAAGUGAUCAGAAAUUGUAUAUAAAUAUAUAAACUACAAAUAUACAAAAACAUAAUUUAGCUUUGCUAAUUUGGGGCCAAAUGCUAUUUUAAGCAAACAUUAUCAAUAAAAAUAAGUGCACAGUCUUUUUUUGUGUUUUUAUUUAUUUUUUUUCCACUACAUUUUUUUUUUUUUGCAUUUCUUUUAUUGCUUUGGUUUGUAUAGCUUUUGUUUUGUUUUUUUAGUUUGUGUGUAACGUGAUAUCUUUUGCCAGCUUGUUUAUUUCAAGCAAAUAGAAAAUAGCAAAAAUUAAAAAAACAAUAAACCUAAACAAUAACUUCUAAUUCAGUUGAAGCUCUCUAGCUGGGGACCGGAAACCAAUUGUUCAGUAUUUAAAAUAGAUUCGACAGUAUUACGAUGCUUUUAACAUUCCACAAAAUAAUAAAACUAGCUUAUCUAAUGUUUUUCUUUUUUUUUGUCUUGUUUAACUUUCCCUUGAAACAGACCGAUUUUGCACCUCUUUAUGGAAAGUGCCGCACGCUCAUCACUCUACAAGGGCAUUUGUUUUCUUUCCUUACUGCUCAGUCAUCGCUCGCGUUCCGUGUUCCUGUCAAAAUAAAUGCGUUUUAAAGGGAUCGCGUUCCGCUCGGCCUUUUGGGAACGGGAAUACGAUCGCGCGGGCUCCAUGUAGCAUCCUGUACAGAUACGACUAAAGACAGCAGCUACUUUUUGUAUCGCAUUAGUGCCUCUAUACGACCGGCGUCCGACCGCUUCUGCUCUCGAGAACGAUUCAUUCGGUGCGUUCCGGUGAAAGGCGUGGCCUGAAACGCGUCCAAUAAACACGUAGGGAAAAUCUCUUCUGUUGCCGCGCUGCUACGCUUAAAAGGUGAUUUGAGACCAUUUUUCUUGUGCAGUCGUAUUACAGUUUCGAAUCACUUUACGUGUGUGUUUUAGUGAUGAAUGUGCAUAUAUAUAUAUCUCUCUCUCUUUUUCAGUGCGGUGUCGAUCCGGCGCGCGUAGUAGUCGAAAAACAUAAUUGUACGUCGCAAUUCUGAUACUAAUUGGCUGGAUGGGGUUUUGUGCCAAAUGUCGUUCAACAUUCAGGGAUUUUAACCAAGUAUUGCUGUAAACAAACACAAACGAACUGAACUUUUAGCACCCGAUACGCGACAGAGACGAGGUCCACGCCGGUUUGUUUCACAAUCAGCUGCUGCUGGAAACGGUUUUGCGGCCGGCGAAAGUGUUUGUAUCUUGCACAUUCUCAUAGCUUCCACUGGCCAACUGUAAAUACCAAAUAAAUGACUUUUAAAGGA